CGAAGCAAGCAAGGCGACCCAAAACUUUUGAGAGAGAGAGAGAGCGAUGGGAGGACAUGGAGCGAUAGAGGUGGCCAAGACGGUGAUGGAGGUUGCCGACGUGGCGUGGACCGCCAUGGAACACGGCCGCCAUCACCUCCACCACGACGACCACGAGGGGACCAAGUGUGGGGUUUCCGACGAAGAACUGGAGGCUCUGCGGGCGGAGAAUCGGCGGCUGAGGAACUCGCUGGAGCAGAAUCUCAAGCUGCUUCAGAACCUGUCCGAGUCGCCUGCGGUGUUGGACGAUUGCCCUCCUGAUCUGCAUGCUCGGUUAGUGGCGACGGUGGAAUCGAACAGCUUCUUGACUCGAAUCGAAGCUCUUCAGAAGGAAUCCAUUGAUGAAUAUCAGUUUCCUUUCAAGCCAGCCACAGAAAGCGAUUUGGAGAAAGCUGAAGUUCUAAUCAAAAUCGACAAUGAAGAACCCAGUUGGUGGGUGUGGAUCACGGAUGACAUGAUUCCAGGUAAAGUCGAGGAGAGGAGUGGGAUUGACAAUGAGAACUAUGUUGUUGUUAGUGAGGAGCAUGUGGUGGAUGGGGUUGCCAAUUUUAUGGCUAAGUGUAUUGUGUCAAACCCCAAAGCUCGGAAUUUGACGCCGGAGGAGCUGCAGAAAAUUGUAGCUAAAGCAAUGGGUGGUGUCAGCAAAUUGGAGAAGGUAUUGGGUAUUUGGCAUGCGGGGAAGUUGUUCUAUGCGUUGUCCACCUGGGGACUUGCUCUAGCCGGAUUGUAUAGGAGCCGUGCGGUAUUAAAAUUUGCCGCAAUGGGGCUGCACACAAGCAGCAAAGUGAUUAUGAGAGCAAUGUGAGGCAGGGAGCCGCAAAAAACUCAGAUUGGAACUGUACAAUAGCGUCACGCCUGUUUAUAAGAAUUCCCGUUCGAUGUAAAUAAUUGUAAAUAAUGCUUGAUCUUGUGUUUGUGCUAUGUUUUCAUUGAAUGAUUUAUUGUAUUGAACCAUGGAUUGUUUCCACAUGUUGUAUAUGGCGAACCCAUGCCAGAUGAUAUGUUCACCGGAAAGAGUCGUUUUCUAAAUGCUUAUUGAACAAUUUUCGGUGACGAA